AGCUGCCGCGCUGGGCGCAUGGCACCAGAUGGGGCAGGGGCUGUCAGAGGCGAUAUGGGGUGAUCCUCCACAGCUCUGUGGGGUUCAGACGAGCGUGAGCGAUGCGCUAAACUCCAUGUGGGGGCACUUGGUCGGCAAGCGCGAGGUGUGCAUCAUCAUGGUGGGCCUGGAUUCAGCGGGUAAGACAACGACGUUGUAUCGGCUGAAGCUGGGUGUGCAAGUGAGAACUCUGCCAACGGUGGGUUUCAACGUGGAGAAGCUGGAGUACAAAAACAUCGUCUUCACCGUUUGGGACCUUGGCGGUCAGACGAGAACUCGACAGAUUUGGCAGCAUUACUACCAGAAUACAGAUGGGCUCAUAUUCGUUAUCGACAGCAGCGACCGGGACCGCAUCGACGAGGCCCAGGAGGAGCUCAUGAAAAUGCUGCAGCGGGACGAGAUGAAGGAUGCCGUGCUGCUGGUCAUGGCGAACAAGCAGGAUCUCCCCAACGCAAUGAGCACACAGGAGCUGGUGCAAAGGCUGAGCCUGAACAGCCUCGGCAAGUACCGAAGGAAGUGGCUGGUGCAGGAGACCUGCGCGACGGUGGGCGACGGCCUUCACGAGGGCUUGGAUUGGCUUGCCCAAGCAAUUGCUGACAAGGGCUAGAAAUGUCCGCGUGCUGCCAAUCGGCGCUUGGCUCCAGCGCAACACUUGAGAUGAAUCUGGCCUUUGGCAGCAGCGUUGGUGUCACCUUUUGUGCUGUCUCACCGUGGCCGAUGGCAAGCUACGUUUGCUUAAAGGUUUCGCUUUCCGGACGGGACUCUGAGAUGGCAC